AUAUUUAGAUUUGUCAGGCAUAAGUUCAGAUAUUACAAUUGGAGCGAAGAAAAUUCCACUUUUAAUCCACCUAAAAACUCUUAUCCUGAAAGAGACAAAACUGUACAAUGUUUUACGAACUAAUACUACAACAUUUAGUUUUUGUCCAAAUAUAAUGACUUUGGAUAUAUCACAUAACUAUAUCUGGAAAUUGAAAACCCUUGGACAGCUCCAAAACCUUAAACAUAUUAAUCUAUCUCAUAAUUUGCUUGAUAAAGUUCCAAAUGCUGUUACAAAGUUGGAAAACAUCGAAGAACUCGAUUUGUCGUACAAUCAGUUAACAACAGUUGGAAAGCACACACUCGAUGGGAUUGAUACCCAACACAAAAAACUUGGAACUUUUAAAUUAUAUCUCAGUAAUAACAGAUUAAUUUGUUCAUGUGAUACAAGAACAUUUCUGCGUUGGAUUCUUACAACUAAAGUUAAGUUAGAUAACAAUGGUAACUACUCUUGUUUGGUUGCUUCUAGUAAUAAUAUCAACUAUACAAGAGUCGCUGAAAACUUUCACCAUUUUAUCGUUGACUGUGAUAGUACCGUAUGGGUCAGAUUAGGCAUUUCAUUAUUAGUUUCUGUCUUGUCAAGUUUGAUUUGUAUUACUCUCUUGUACAAUUUUCGGUGGAGAAUAAUUUUCUUUUUCUUCCGAAAUUUCCGGAGGUUUGCAGAGAAAGGUCUUGAGCUGACUUUUGAUUAUGACGUUUAUGUUUCAUAUUCCGAUGACUGUGUUUGUUUUGUAACAGAAUUGCAAGAUAAAAUAGAAAACGAAUGGGGAUUUAAAAUCUGUAUCGAAGUCAGAGGUUUCAUUGUAGGCGAAUCGAUUGCGACGGAAAGAGCUACAUCCAUUAACAGAUGCAGACACAUUAUAUUCAUAGUCUCGCCAUCUAUUGUCGAAAAUGAAUGGAGUCGUUUUGAAAUCGAGCGUGCAAAGUAUGAGAAGUUUUCAAAAAAUCUGCAGAAGAUUGUUGUUAUUACAAGAGAUAUCGCUUUGGAUAAUAUUCCCGUAAAAUUUUCCUUCAUUUGGAAAGAUGUUCUUCUUAUUCAAUGGCCAGUUGAGGAGUAUGAAGUUCAAAUGGCUUGGCAAAAGCUUCGACUUUGGUUCUUUUGAAGUAGUGUUAAGGUACCUUUCAUAGUACAAUUAUAUUGUGAAAUAAGGAAAAAUGAACCAGCAAGGAUACAUAAAAAAUUUCGACAAGACAUCAUUAUUUUCUUUCUACGUUUUCUUUUUUUAAA